UAUCGGUGCUUCGAGACUCCGAGCACCCCACGACCGUACGAUAAAUUAUUUGAGCAGCUCGCUCGUAAUCUGAGUGCUUGAUCAUGCAUUAUGCACACUUCACUCACUUUGAGUUCGCUCGCACGCAAUCGAAACCACACCGGAUAUUUUGUGUGUGCUCCAUGCUCCCCACACAGCAGACACACACACACAAACCAUCCUGUUGAGCCUUGUACGAGUCUCAUAUGCAUACUAUAUGCAUGGGCAUCAUACACGCUCACAAUGUACGUAUAGUGAGAUGAAUAUACGAGUUCAAUUAAGAGACAGAGACAGCAUGCUGCUACAAAGAAUUCAACCAAUGUUUGUUUCCUGCGGUUUUCGCCCAUUCUGUAUCAUAUUACAACACAUUUAUCUAGAAAGUACCUGAGAGUUAGCUGUGGUGUAAAAGUGGAUGAAUUUGAACCCGGAUCUAAUCAACAUGACUCAGCAAGGCCUCAUUGAUCCACUACAAGAACCAGAAGUGCUCCAAUCGAGCAGUGGCAGUGGUAUCUCGUACCAGCUGGUUGAUCUAGAUGUCUCCAAGAACAAAUCAAACAUUCUAAAAAGGACGAAUUUUCGCCAGGAGGAGCGCGAUGUCCUGGUGUCUCUCAUCACUGAGUACAGGGGUGUCUUGGAUCGCAGGAAUUCGAAGGACACUAGGUGGCGCUACUCGAACCUGACUCCAACAGAAGCAUGGCAGUUGAUUACUGACAAGUACAACAGUCAUCCUGGGUUCCGUCAUAGAGACCCCGCGCAACUCCGUAAAUGUUGGAUGAACAUGAAGGCACGUUCGCAAUUCUCCAUGGCACAGAGACGGCAACUGGGACUAGAAUGCUCUUCUGUUAGGCCACCCUCUCGGAGCUUUUCCAAGGCGAGACAGACUGUGGCAAUCAGACUCAGAAACACAGGCACUCCAAACACCCUCAACAGUCGGUCUUUUGCCAGCCGAAAAUCCAAUUUGAGCCGGGUGAACACGUCUACUCAACUGAAGAUCAAAAAGUCAAGGCAGCGCAUGCAACAGCAUGAAGGAUACAAUCGAGACGUAGUACAACAAAGGGAAUAUGGAGUUGCAAAGUCGGCUCAGGAUUUCUCCAACUACCAUUUACAGUCUGGAGUAGGUAACACUGAACAUCAGUACCUUAGAGUACAGGGCAGAAGAGAUCCGCCAAUCAACCGACAAACACAGCCGCGGCCUGUACAACUACACCGAUCUGCAGACGUGGUACCACAAUCCAGUGAGGUCCAGAGAUUGCCUGAGUUGAGGACGAGUCAGGGAUAUCUGAUGCACGAUGCAAGAUCGGCAGAUCAACAUAGUGGUAACAUUCAGCGUGACAUCUCUCCAUCACACAUUCAGGGUCAACAACAGAUGCUAACAGUGGUGCAGAACCUUGCACAGAGCUCCAAUAGAUCGCAGCCGAUGGCCAUGCAGCCAGGCACCAUCCUGUCACAGAUGGAACAGUUCUCACCUCCCAUGCCGCAGCGAUUGACCGUCGGGGAGUUCUUGGGGAAGACCGUCGAAAUGAGGUCGGAUGCCACUCGAACCCAGUACAACACUCAUGACGACGCACCUGGUUUAGGUGUAUCAUUGCAACAUCUGCACGCAGAGGACAAUCCCGGGAUUGCAUCGGUUACUGUUGCAGAACGGUUGCUACCUCAGGAAUCAACAGCCAAUGCAUCACCUAUUACUUACCAGACGGUUACCCAAGUGAGGUCCAUUGAGAGUCUGGAUGACCUUGAGAAUGUUCUUGAAUCAGUAGGACCGGUCAUAUCAAACGUCAAAAGUAUUAGUGAUGAAUCAAGACCCAAGGAAAGUGAAGCAACAAACGACAGUGACAUCGAAGAAAUUCAGCUAAUUAUCAAAACAGAAGAUGAGGUUCAUGAAAUAAAUUCCUCUGUGGAAACAGUAACUAGAACUGAAAGAACCAAACCCCAAAAUAAGACAAGAAACAUCACCAAAGAGGCUACCAAAGUCAUCAUCAACGUAGCUACACAAACAGAAACAGUUGCUGAAAGCAAUGGUGAUGUCUCCCUACAGUCUAGUACAAAGAAGCAAGGGGAAUCUUUGGAAACAGAUGAGAAUCGGUCCAAAAAACAAAACAGAGAUAAGGUUGUCCUUGCCAACCCCAGAUCAACGUUAUGUGACCAAAAUGAGGAUAAAAAGCUGGAGAAAGAUCUGCAUUACGUCGACGAUGAUGAGGUUAUGGAGGAAGACAAUGAUGUCAGUUUCAUCCCAGUGGAAACUGAAAAAAAUGAUGCCAAGGAGCUGAAUGAUGACGUCGAUGACCAGCAUGACGAAACCGGAGAUCCUUCUCAUUCCUUUGAACUUGGUGAACAUCCGAACGAAGAUGGAGAUUGGUACGAUUUGGCCGAUGAGGAGAGGAAGGCAGGAAUGGAUCUGCUCUUCUACGAGGUGGAGAAAGUCAAAGAGGAGGCAGGAGCGGCUAAGUGUCGGCGAGAGCUCCUGGAGGUGGAGCUGCAAACAGCAAGGCAGCAGAUGGAGUUGACGAGAAUUAAACAAGAGGUAGAAAUAGAGCUCAUGCGAGAGAAGGUCCGUCAAGAAAGAGCCAAGGCUGAUAGCAUGAUGGUACAGAAAAAAGAGACAGAGCUCCAGGAUGAAAAGUAAUAUUUUCUGGAGAUCACCAGCGCACCACUUGCAGUGCGCCUGCACCUUGAUCCGUUCGAAAUUCAGAAUCUUACGUGCAACUUGGACACGUAUGACACCUUUGCUGUUUGCGCUUCCUCAGGAAUCGAAAGAGCUCAACAUUAAAAGAAAGCUUGGCAUUGUAAGGGGACAAUUCACUAUUCUAACAAUAACAAAUUAAACUACUGUCUCACAUUCAGGGCGUAAAGUUUUUGCCAUAAGGUCUAAUUGUCCGGGAGGUAGUUUUUGAGCGGGAGCUGAAAGUUUAAAACGCGGCAUAUUAGUUGUCAUAUACCCUAGCUAGGAAGCAUCACUUAGAUUGUAUUAGAUUGAGAUAUCGAGUCAAGCAAAAGACGUCUUGUGUGCAACGAGCAUCAAGUAUGGUAAGCUUUAAGUUUACGAGACGUUAUUGGUGCAGUUAAUGUGUGUCGAGAACGAGAGCAAACAUAAAUGUAUUAUUGAGAGAGCACUCUAGUCAUUUUUUUAAAUAAAGACUUAAAAUUUA